AUGACAAGAUCGACGAAUGAGAAUCUGAAUGAGACGAAAAAACUAUUCCAGCUUGAUUACAUCAUGGUUUCUGGAGAUCUCACAUCACACGCUGUUUGGGAUUAUAGCCGAGAUACUCAUGUGGCAAUCGUGAGGAACAUUUCAAAUACUAUUCAGUCUUUUGCGCCACAUUUUACACCAAAACGAUUUCAUAUGGAUUGGCUUUAUGAUACAAUGGCUGAAAUAUGGUCAGAUUGGCUGCCUGAAGAUCAAAUGGAAACAGUGAAAUAG